AUGGGCCUAAAUUCGAAUAAGCCCGCAAUAAUAUUAGAGGGAAAAAAGAAAAGAAAACUUGUGAAUGAUACUAAUAUUUCAAUGCCAGCUAUUGGCAUUGUUGCAAAUACUCAACACCUUCCUCUAGGUUUUAGCACUUCACGAAAACCUAAUCAAUCUGUUUUGUGUGAUUAUUCGUUAUGUACUAAAGCUGAUAUUCAUGUAUAUACUAACUUAUUAUCCCCUAAUUUAAAAAUAUUAGCCUGUGGUCAUAAGUAUCACGUAGAAUGCUUAGAAGAAAUUGGUCAAAAGUGUCCUCCUUGUCUUGAAUUCUUGAAGAAUGGAAUACAA